AUGCCUGGUGCAAACGGAGUUGAUAGGUCUACACUUGAGUUACACUUGAUGCCUGCCAAAAAGCCAUUCUCAUCCGGCCUGGGCUGCAACGUCACAUCUACUCAACGUCGCAUCUGCUCUUCCGGCGGGAAUAGUAUCGGGGAGCUAGCUCGGGGGGGCCUCGAUAAAACAGAGUACGAAUCGCACGUUUGCAAAACGUUGAGGCUGACCGCAGACGCACAGUUGACUAUCGACAGAAAGUAG